AUGCACCGAUCGUUUACAGUGUUAUCAAAAAACCUAAGAACCAUUGCUUCAAAUGGCUUAUUCACAUCAUCUUCUUCAUCAGUACAACACCAAUUCCAUUCCUCCAACAACAACAACCACGAGUCUUCAUCUUCCCCAAUUGGCUCUCCAACCAGAGUCCAGAAACUCAUCGCUUCCCAAUCAGACCCUCUUCUCGCCAAAGAAAUCUUCGAUUACGCUUCUCUCCAACCCAACUUCUGCCACAAUUACUCCACCUACCUCAUCCUCAUCCUCAAAUUCGGUCGCUCCAAACACUUCUCCCUCCUCGAAAACCUCCUCCGUCAACUCAAAUCCGAUUCCCAACCCAUCACCCCUACCCUCUUCUCUUACCUAAUCAAAAUCUACGGCGAAGCUAAUUUACCCGACAAAGCCCUCAACACUUUCUACACCAUGCUUCAAUUCAAUAUCAAACCUUUAACCAAACACCUUAACCGCAUUCUUCAAAUUCUCGUUUCUCGCCGGACUUUCCUUCGCCCCGCUUUCGAUCUCUUUAAGGAUGCUCAUCGACAUGGUGUGCUUCCUGAUACUAGAUCUUAUAAUAUUCUCAUGCGGGCUUUUUGUUUUAAUGGUGAUAUCAGUAUUGCAUACAUGCUGUUUAACAAAAUGUUUAAGAGAGAUGUUGUUCCUGAUGUUGAGUCUUAUAGGAUUUUGAUGCAGGCUUUGUGUAGGAAGAGUCAAGUUAAUGGAGCUGUUGAUCUUUUCGAGGAUAUGUUGAAUAAAGGGUUUGUUCCUGAUUCUUUGACUUAUACUACUUUGUUGAAUAGUUUGUGUAGGAAGAAGAAGCUUAGGGAGGCUUAUAAGCUUCUUUGUAGGAUGAAGGUCAAAGGGUGUAAUCCUGAUAUUGUUCAUUAUAAUACGGUUAUAUUAGGGUUUUGUAGAGAAGGGCGAGCUCAUGAUGCUUGUAAGGUUAUCGAUGAUAUGCGGGCUAAUGGGUGUCUGCCGAAUUUGGUUUCUUAUAGGACUUUGGUUAAUGGUUUGUGUCAUUUGGGAAUGCUUGAUGAGGCAAGGGAGUAUGUGGAGGAAAUGCUUUGUAAAGGCUUUUCUCCACACUUUGCUGUCAUCCAUGCUUUGGUGAAUGGGUUUUGCAAUGUUGGUAGGAUUGAGGAAGCCUGUGGAGUUCUCUCGAAAUCGCUAGAGCAUGGGGAUGCUCCUCAUAAGGAUAGUUGGAUGAUUGUAGUACCUCAAAUAUGUGAAGUGGAGGAGGAUGGUGUGAAAAUUGGUGCUGUUUUGGAGGAAGUUCUUAAGAUUGAAAUUAAAGGUAAUACUAGAAUUGUGGAUGCUGGCAUUGGUUUGGAAGACUACUUGAUUAGGAAAAUACGGGCUAAGGCGAGGCAAUUUUAA